CAGCAACAGCAACAGCAAGAGAGGGAGGCUCAGAGAGAGAGAGAGAGAGGAAGAGGAGAGGAGCGAGAGACUCGGCUCCGGGUGGGUCGGGAGUCAGCCGGUCUGGAGAGGAGACUGUGAUCGAUCACAGGAAAGGAGAGGAGAGCAAGCUCUUCGCCCCAUCCAUCUCUCUCAAGAGUCAGGAGUCAGGACCGGCCGUCCGGCCUGCCUCCGUCCGCACCCAGAGGAUACGUGUGGCCCUGAGGCCUCCUCUCUCUGGGACAAGAAGCAAGGAGGAGGAGGAGAAGAGCAGAUCUACAUCUGCUCCAGCGAUGAGCGCGUCUCGGUUCAUCAAGUGCGUCACCGUGGGGGACGGCGCCGUCGGCAAGACCUGCAUGCUCAUCUCCUACACCUCCAACACUUUCCCCACCGAUUAUGUUCCAACUGUGUUCGACAACUUCAGUGCCAACGUUGUGGUCGAUGGGAGCACUGUCAACUUGGGUCUGUGGGAUACGGCAGGACAGGAGGACUACAACAGACUGCGCCCGUUGAGCUACCGUGGUGCUGAUGUUUUUCUGCUCGCCUUUUCUCUUAUCAGCAAAGCAAGCUACGAGAAUGUAUCAAAGAAGUGGAUUCCUGAAUUAAGGCACUAUGCUCCUGGCGUGCCCAUAAUUCUUGUCGGGACCAAGCUUGAUCUGCGGGAUGAUAAGCAGUUUUUUGCUGAUCACCCUGGUGCUGUUCCGAUUUCCACGGCCCAGGGUGAAGAGCUGAGGAAGCUAAUUGGAGCGGCUGCCUACAUCGAAUGCAGUUCAAAAACCCAACAAAACAUCAAAGCAGUGUUUGACGCGGCCAUUAAGGUGGUUCUCCAGCCUCCAAAGCAAAAGAGGAGGAGGAGGAAGGCGCAGAAAGGAUGCACCAUUUUGUAACUAAACGGUAGAUCGUCUUUUGCAGUCUCUGGCUGGGGUGCUGCAUAGGAUGAGCAUCAUCACCUCUAUGUGUUGUAUGGACACGAAACAAAAGAACACUUUUAUCGGUGAGUUUGCAAUAUACUACGUAGCAGGUUGCUGAAACUAGUCGACUCUGUGCUCUGUGGUGCAGUAGCUGUAGAUGGAUGGUGUGACUGAAGAAUGUAGCUGUGUGUGCUGUCGUGUUUGCUUUGAAUUGGAGUUGAACUCAUUACUCAUGGAAUGGAACUGUAUUGGCAUGCAUUUUCAGUUUGUUUA